CCGCUCAUCCCACAUUGUUAAAGCAUUCUCUACUCUUGAUAUCCUUCAAUAUGUUAUUCAACAAGUCUCUUCUGGCUACGACUGCCCUGUCCCUCUUCACCUCGAGUGUUGUUGGCCAGACCAUUAGGGUGUCAUAUGGCUCCCCUCUGCCGACUGACGACUUCUCUCAAGUCAUCGAAUUAGAUGAACUUGUGGCGCUGGACCACCCGGGCGAUUGGGUCUACUUUUUCUCUAGCCAACCCUGUGAUCUUUACAGCAACACCUCCGCUACCGAACCAGUUUACACCAAGGUCAUAGGCGCAUAUUAUUUUCUUCAGCCGACGUACAUUGGCGCCGCCGAAUGUUUCACCGAUUGAUGAGACAACUCAUCCAUCUAGCUCGGCUGGAGUGCAAUAUAUGGUACUUCCGAUACACAUAAGAUGCUCCCGAUCUUGCCUACGCGUGAUAAGGAGCAUCCCAUGAAGAUCAGAUAAUCUAGCACGCGGUCUCGCCUAUAGAAAGGCCCCAUCUUCCUGUCGUUUAGCUCAUUCUAUCACAAC